CGCCCGGCCUGCCUGCCUUCCAGGAAGCGCCGCCGCCGCCGCCGCUAUGCAUUGUGGGGCAGCGGCAGCAGAUCCAAGAUGGCGGCCAGCAGGAGGCUGAUGAAGGAGCUUGAAGAAAUCCGCAAAUGUGGAAUGAAGAAUUUCCGUAAUAUCCAGGUGGACGAAGCUAACUUAUUGACUUGGCAAGGGCUUAUUGUUCCCGACAACCCUCCAUACGACAAGGGGGCGUUCAGAAUCGAAAUCAACUUUCCUGCAGAGUAUCCAUUCAAACCUCCCAAGAUCACAUUUAAAACGAAAAUCUAUCACCCUAACAUCGAUGAAAAGGGGCAGGUUUGUCUGCCAGUAAUUAGUGCUGAAAACUGGAAACCAGCCACCAAAACUGAUCAAGUAAUCCAGUCCCUCAUAGCACUGGUGAACGACCCCCAACCAGAGCACCCCCUUCGAGCCGACUUAGCCGAAGAAUACUCUAAGGACCGUAAAAAAUUCUGUAAGAAUGCUGAAGAGUUUACAAAGAAAUAUGGUGAAAAACGACCAGUGGACUAAAAACAACGACAACAACAAAAACAAAACACAACAAAACAAAAACAACAACAAAAAAUACACCUGACCGAGUUGAUGUCAGCAAUGUGUGAUAGAAGAGCUGAAGAAGUGCAUUUCAGACACACCCAAAAAGCAGGACUCUCUAUGGAAAUUGACAAGUGUCACCUCUUGGUGUUAACUUGUGGCUGUUAAACUAACUUUCUACCGUUUCUUAAUCAAAAGUGGUCUAGGUAAUCUGUAAAGAAAGGAUUAAAAAUUUAAGAUGUUCUAGUUCUGCUUUCUUUGUUUAAAAUCACUGCUUUAAUGUACUUUAAAGAAUGCUGUUUCCUUUUCCUUUCUCUUUUUUGUUUUCUCCUGGUCACAAUUUAUCAGAAAAAAAGUCUUAGGCUUAUAACUUGCCCUUAAAAUUCAGAAGGUCAUGGCUGUUGUUUCUUAUUUUCCUUUGCAAUUCUCUCUUUUUUUGUUAUUCCCCAUUUUUUUGGUUGCCCCUUAUCCUUCCCUCCUCCCUCCCUCAGACAGAAGAAAACAACCACGGCUACUUAAUUUCUUAGCAAAAAGAAAACAGAAAGACAUUUUUGGGGGAAAAAUAAGAGCUGUUUGUUUUCCCUGUCUUAAAACGUUGCACUGUGUUUUGCGGACGUGGGUCCAAGUUUUUUUCCGACUUUGGUUUGUCACAUAAACGAAUCUGCAGUAUGUACACCAAAAAAAACAAAAAAAACCCAAACCCCACCAGAAUCAACCCCAGAUCUGUUGUAAAUCUGGCUGAUGUGGUUACAAUAAUGUUUAUUAAAUGGGGAACUCCAAGCUUUGCUUGCAGGAAUGAAUGGUAUGGCUUGUAUUCUGUUCAGGGGGAGGACAUUUUGGCACAAAAUAUUCUUUAGCAAAGCGGAGUGUCAUUUUCUUUCCCUUCCCUCUUCCCCCCCCUCCCUUUUUUAAAAAUUUUUUUACUCUCCACUUUUAUUCUUUAGUGUCUAUGCAGGCUACCUAGAAUAAAGAAGGACUCGAGUCCAUUUGCAAAAAUUUCAAAUAUGGGACCAAGAGGUACCAAAACAGAAUUAAAUUACCAACUAACCAACUAAACCCAGCUCCUUAUCCUGUAUACUUCCUAGCUGAGAGACUUAACUGGGGGAAAUCCUUCUGGAAAACUUAGUUCUGAAGAACAAAAACCUAGUCACAAAAAAUUCUUCAAUUGACCUCUUUUCCCCAUGCAAACGACAAAACUUUAAUUUUCUCCUAAUGAUGGAUUGGUUUGAUUGAUUGUCGUCCCAAACGUAAGCAAUUUCCAUUAAGCAAUAACCCGUGCCCAUCGUGAAAUUGAGCAGUUGCCUUUCUCCGUAAAAUAGUAACCUGUACAUGCAAUGUGGCAUUCUAGGAGUAAUAUUGAUUCAACAAUGUCGAUUCAACCCCAGCUAUCCCUGCUCUCAAUCAGGCGUGUGACGUUCUUUCCCACGGAGAACCGAGCCACCCCGUUUAAUGUGUCGCGUUUUAGGAUGGGCAAAAAUGCAACUUGGUUUACGUGACACAGUGACUCUUUCCCCAGGCUGCUCAGCUUUAAAAUGCCUGGCUUUUAAGUGAGCAUUUCAAACCCAUUUCUGUGAAACUGCAGUGAAGAACCAAACCCCAGUGCGUAAUAAACAUUUCUGUUUUGCAUGUCUUCGCUUUCAUAGAUCUCUCGGCAUUCCGGUGGGUUUUAAUUUUUCAGGAAUCUGGAAUCCUUGUUCAGUCUUUAGGGAAUGAAUGUAUGGUUGGGGAGCUGUAGAAAUAGCAUUUCAAGUUUUAAUUAUUAUUAUUAUUUUGCGUACACCCUUCCAUCUCCUCCACUCCAGCUUUUGAUUUUAAACUGUACAAGAUUGACAGCCAAGUACCUCUGUUUGAAAAGUAGAAAGAAAGAGAAAAAAAAAGGCAGUUUUUUUCCUUAUCAGUUGGGGUAUGAAACAUCUGUUUUAAGUGUUCUUAGACACAUUCUUUGGUAGGCGAUUAAAGU